AUGGCGACGGCGAUGGCUCAGCAUGUUAUGAUUGAGUCGCCCACGAUGAAUAGGAGGCAACCGUUGUUACCCGGUGGCUCUGCGGCUGCGGCGACUGCGACUGCGGCGGUGAAGGACGAGAGGGAGUGCCCGAGUGGGAGGACGAUAGGGGAAGUUGCAGGUGUGACUACGGCGGAGUGCGCCGCCGUGUGCUGCUGCUGUCCAUGCGCGGUGAUGCACCUGCUCAUCUUGGCCGUCUAUAAAGUUCCCAAGGGGCUGUGUAAAAAGGCCUGGAAGAAAAAUAAGAGGAAAAGAUUAUUAAAGAAAAAGAAGAAGAAUUUGGAGGAAAAUAAGAGUGGGCCGAAUGGGAUUUAUCAUCAUGAUGAUGAAUCAUCAUCAUCUGACGGUUAUGAUGAUGAUCAGAAGGGCGUUGGUGUAAUGGACGCCGUUGAUCUUGAUUCUGAAAUGUGGGACCGGUUUUACGGGGCUGGGUUUUGGAGAAGUCAUUCUCAAAGGGAAGAUUAA